AUGGCCGCCGUAUUGGCCGUCUUGUUUCUUUUGGCUCUUUUUUACUACAUUUACAACUUCCCAGUGAGUUCCAUGACUUUUCGAAAAUUCCGACCGGAGCUCCCAAAUAAUCAUUGACAAAUUUGAAAUGAAGAAAUCUAUCGAGGCGAAGAGCCGUUUUUAAUAUGAUUUAGGUCAUGGGCCUUUAAAUAGCUCAGCGACGGUUUUCAACGGUCUUUAACUGAAAUCAGCUAAUUUAAGAGGAGCUCAACGUCGAAUGAGACCACAACGAGUCCGGUUAUAACUAUGAAGACUGGCAAUAGUUUCACGUUAGAAAAAAGUCGAUAAUUUUCCCCAUUAACCAUUUUAGAUCAAUAAAUGGAGCCGGUGAAUCGCUGGUCACACCUCGUUCAAUUUCCUACGGCACUGAAGUGACCGGUGUUUCUCUCGCCACCGCAUUUUCGGCCGUGAAUAUUUGACUCACUUCAGAAAAUCAAAUUCAAUACUUCUUUCAAAGAACUGCAAAAAAGGGGCGUGACUAACCAAUCAAAAAUUUUGUUCGUUGGAGCGAGCUUCAAAAGCUUCAAUUAUUGCUCGAAAAAAUAUUUCACUCACAACGACGUUUUGUAGCUUCUCACAGCACAGAAAAGCCGAAAUUAUUUAUUUUCGCGCUAAAACGCGUUUGCGACCUUUCUUAAGCCCUUUUGAACCAUCUUCUAGAGAACCUACAUCAAUAAUCUACUAGAAGAAUUCUAAAAACGAUAUUCUUAAAAUCAAGAUACAGAAAUUACCUUUCAGCGCUCUGGAAACAGCCAAAUUUCUUCUUAUGCUUCUUCGUUGGUCAGUGUCCGAAGCUCACCUUUUGUAAGCUUUCCUUCGAUUUUUAUCCUUCAAAAAUUAUUUUUAGGAGCAUGACGUUUCUACAUCAGAUGAUAACACGGAGGUCGACGUCUCAAUGUGA